CUUACAUUAUAACCAAAUGCACAUGGAUCACCUACCCACACCCAUUCCUGAUGAUCGUCUGGUAGCCGUGCGCUCAAAAUGCGAUAAUCGGUGGCACAGGGGCCGUGUCACUGACCUGGCUGAGAAUGGCACCGUCAACAUCUUCUAUGUUGACUAUGGCAAUUUUGAGCUUGUGGCCCAUGAAGACAUCAGGCCUCUUGCUUCUGACUUCAAGUAUCUUUCACAUGCAGCUAACAUUGUCUCACUCAGG